AGCAAAGCAAGUCCUUCCAAGAAAUUGAGCCAUGAAGCCCUUGCAAAGCAAAAGCUGAAUUGGCGAGCUUCAAUGGCUCGGAAAGUGGUCCGCGAAGGCGCUGCCGAUUCCGACUGUGUUGCCAAAGCACAGGCAGGAAAUGCUGCAGCCAAAUCAGCUGAAGCAGCAAUCGGGGAGCUUGUCAACAUGUAUGGCCAGGAUGUGCUGACCGUCGAUCAGAACAGGCUACUUAGCCCCUUUGAGAUGUUCUUCUCGCAGAACCACAUCCGUGCCGAGUUCCAGGAUGGUCGACCGCUUGACCUUGCUGUGGAAUCUAUCAGUUCGAGCCGAAUAUCUCCAAAGAACGACGAUCUUCGGCUCAAGGAAUUUGGUGUGCCAGAAGAGUCUGACUGGUGGCUGCUGCAACCUGAAUUUCCAGAGAUUGAGGUCAUUCAGUGGCGGAUCAAGCUCAGAAAAGAGGAUGGGACCCAGUUGUUCGACGAAGAAGGUAAUGAACUCUACGGAGAGCGCGAGUGGUACACCAUGGACAACCGAAGGCUCUACUGCUUGCAGAAAGCUGCAGUUGCGUUGCAUCCCAAAGAGGUCAGAGUGCUGGUCAAGGUCAUGCGACAGGAAGAUGGGAGUUGCAGAGAGUUUCGGAAGUUUCGUUCCACCGACCGUGGGCGCAGUGUACGCUUGGGCCACAAGGACUCCCCAGACCUUCCGCGUUGGUGCUGGAGGUUGGAGGUUGGCCUUUCCGAAGAGAUACUACCAGCCGGCACGCCUUUGCCUAGGCAAGGCAGGCGACGCCUGGACCGUCCCGGAUGGCAACGGCGAAACUACAAGGGAGGCGAGAGGGACGACUCCACGGAGCCCACGUGGGGACAAUACUUCGCCAACGCUUCCCUAUUCGUACUUGUCUACGCAGCCAUGCGCCUUGUCCUGGCUUUAUGGCGGUUCUACGUCUCAGAUGAUAGGCCACCAGUAAGCACUUGACGCGUGUCUUUUGGAAAACGGGUGACUUUUGUCCGUUUGCAGAUGAGCAAACUGAGUUUUCAACAGAUGGAAC